AUGUCGUUGCCGCGGGGUGUCGGUCUUGGUGUUGACGUGGGUCAAUUGAUGCAACACCAGCAGCAACAGCAGCAACAUCACGUGCUACCAGCCGCGUUUUUCCUUCGCGCCAGUGCCGAGAGAUAUCAAAGGACACCGAAGUGUGCAAGAUGUCGUAACCACGGGGUUGUUUCCGCGUUGAAAGGUCACAAACGAUACUGUCGUUGGCGGGACUGCGUGUGUGCGAAAUGUACACUAAUCGCCGAGAGACAACGUGUCAUGGCUGCCCAGGUCGCGUUACGGAGGCAACAGGCCCAGGAGGAAAGUGAAGCUCGCGAAUUGGGCCUGCAACUGCAGUACAAUGCAGGCAGCUGCACCACCGCCCCCGUAUUGCCUGGUGCAGCGAGUGCCACCACGCCAGCUGGUAGUCCGCCCCCGCAUCCGGCUCACGUAGCGAGUCCAGCCGGCUUGGCAAUUCCAGCGGCAGCAGCCGCCGCGGCCGCGGCUGCCGCCGCGCACAUCCAAACGCAACUCCAGCACCAGCAGCCCGAUUGCAGCCUCUUGCAGAGGAAGAGGCUUCCUCAGGACGAAUAUCGGCAACCUAAAAUCGAGAAACAGGAGUCCAUCGUCGGUGGAAUUGCCGGCACAAAGAGGUCGAGAAUCUCUGAGAGCACUACGGGAACAAUGCUUUCCACGAGCGACACCGGUAACGAAGACGACCGUGACUCCGACUCCGGUGGAGAACUUCUUGCUGACCGUUCAUUGGUUCCGACGUCGAUCGGUCUGACGGACAAUGAAGCAACGCGUAAACGGUCGAACAGCCUAAACGACUCCGAGGAAGGAAGUCCGGAGCCAGGUUCCCAAAGUCCGACGCAUACGCCACCACUGACGCCUGCAUUGACGCCGCAAAGAGAAGAUACGCCGGCGCCAGAGAAUCUUAGCCUCCGCAAAAGCGGAAGCCCUCAGCAAACGCAGCAAACCCUUCAACCAGUGGAUCUAGUGCAGCCUAGACCUAGUCCUCCACUACCUUCCUUGGCGGCUGCAGCAACGGCGGUGCACUUUCCACCGUACGCUCCCCUCUACGGUCCAGCAGCAAGUUCGCUAUACUGUUCACCAGCACUGUACCAACAUCAGCACCACCAUCAUAUACCAGAGCCUCGCGAAAUUCAGAUGCAGAUGCAGAUGCAGAACAUUCAGCAGACCUGUGGUCUCCAGUUACAGCAACAGCAACAGCAACAGCAGCAACAACGAUCACCUGUAGAUGUUCUACUGCGAGUAUUUCCCGGAAGACGUCGCGCAGACGUGGAGGCUCUGUUGCACCGGUGCAAAGGCGACGUGGUGUCUGCUAUGGAAGUGCUGGUCUGCGAGGACAGUCUCCAGCCGAAGUCAGCGUUCUCGCCCCUGGCGGGCGCGUUGGCGUCGGCCGCGGCCGCGUCCGCCUCGGUCUCAGCGGCGUACGCGAGCCGCGCCGCUUACUGCACCACUCCCAUCCCGUCGACCAGGCACAGGUUUCUGGCUGCGCCUUACGCAGGCACCGGCUACCUGCCCACGGUGAUCAAGCCACCCAAUCAGAGCCUGCACGCGAACGGGACAGGCGACGCCUAUCGGGAGACCAGUCCCGACGACGCCAGCGACAAGACAAGCUACUCCGAGUGA